GUCUCAUGUGGAUCAAAUACUCGGCCCAGAAUUUUCCAAGCCUGAUUUGGAAAACACAGGGACAGUACGGAUAUAUAUAGAUGAGGCUGAAAAACAUCAUCUUAUCCACCACCAUCUCAUCAAAAAUCUAAGAAAUGCAACCAUUCUGAUAUGUUGUUAACUAGUCAUUGUUGUUUAAUUUGCCUAUUUUACAUCAAUAAUAGCAACUCAUGGAGGCACAAUUGUCGUGCAAUAAAACGUACAAUUGUAUAGGGACAAAGACAUGGAGAGUUCAACAUCCACUCCAAAUUUUACGUACAAGUAAUUGGCAGCAACCUAUUUUUCAACCUUUUAAUUCCUCAUUUUUCCACAGUGUGACUUGUAGACGCAUCCACCUCAAUGGAACAAAGACAUUGGCUACAAGAAGGAGAAGAUCAAACAUAGAAACAGACACUUAUGUACUAAUGGAACCUGGAAAAUCAGAGGAAUUUGUUAGUGAGGAAGAAUUAAGGGACAAGUUGAAGAGUUGGUUAGAAAAUUGGCCAGGCAAAACAUUGCCACCAGAUCUUGCAAGAUUUGAAGAUACUAAUGAUGCAGUUGAAUACCUAGUAAAAUCUGUGUGUGAACUUGAAAUUGAUGGAGAUGUUGGUUCCCUUCAGUGGUACCAAGUUCGUUUGCAACAAGACAUUUGACCAUUAUUGCAUGUUAUUUAAUUUAGCAUCGGCUUCUAUGUAUCGUUUCAAUUUUAUUAUUGAAGGUUUUUCAAAGGUACACAUGACUAGUGACUAAAAUAAACAUGCAUGUAUUCUCAAUGUAAAGAUUAGUUAUGCGGUGAUUAGUUACGUUAUGUAAGAUUAAAUUAUUAUUUGUAUAAUUAGUUAUUUUAUGUUGUAUAAG